GCAGAGAUGUUUGUCUGCAUCGCUAGCUGAAAACGUGGCAUAUCCCUGUACAAGAAGAUUAACAUUUACCAUGCUGAGAUUCGGGCAGCACCUCAUCAAGCCCUCUGUGGUCUUCCUGAAGACUGAGCUGUCCUUUGCCCUGGUGAACCGGAGGCCGGUGGUCCCAGGACAUGUCCUUGUUUGUCCUCUGCGGCCGGUGGAGCGUUUCCGUGACUUGUGUCCUGAGGAAGUGGCGGAUUUAUUUUGUGUGGCACAAAGGGUUGGCAAUGUGGUGGAGAAACACUUCUGCGGCACCUCACUCACCAUUUCAGUUCAGGAUGGUCCUGAAGCUGGACAGACGGUGAAGCAUGUUCAUGUCCAUGUGCUUCCAAGGAGGAGCGGAGACUUCAGCAGGAAUGACGAUGUCUACGAGGAGUUGCAGAGACACGACAAAGAGGAUUCCCCUGACAAGUGGAGGACAGAAGAAGAAAUGGCAGCUGAAGCAGCAAUUCUGAAGAAGUAUUUUCAGGAAAAUUAGAGGUAACAAAGUGUUUGUAAAACAUCCUGUGCCAUAAGAAACUCCCCAGGAAGACAGGCCUUGUGCUCCAGUUCUCGGUGACCCUGGAGCUGCCCCUGAACAACUUAAUAAUUGUCUACAAAUAUGGGAAUUUUCCAUGACCAAUUUUACUGGACGUUUGGUUAUCGCCAAGGUUGAAUUUCAACUAAAACAACUAAGAGCACCGAGUCACAAUAUCGCUCUGAGUAGUAACUUGUAUCUUUCUAAUUGUGUAUUUGGGAAGGAAUCUUUUUAAAUUAUCCUUUUGGCCUAAAUUGAAAUAAAGUGCUAGCAAAAUCUGGUA